GGAAGCGGAUACUGGGGGAAAGCAGGACCGCCGCCGGAGAAAGAGGCGCUUUCCCCCAGAGCCCUCCCGGCGGGCCCGGCCAGAUGGCGUCGAGGGGAGCCGCCCUGCGCUGCCGGAGGAAGGUGGUGGGCAGAUGCUGGAGCAGCUGCGUCCUGCUGUGGGUGGGGACCCUCGCCUCUUCGCUGCUGGGCACCUUAUCUGACCCGAGAGGACGCAAUCCUGAAAACCAGCUGGAUGUGACCCGGGGGGCCUCAGUCCUGCUUUCUGCCAGCGUCCCUUCAGACCAACUCAUGUCUGCCACCGAGUGGGACUUUGCGCCCCGAGCCGGCCAGAGGGUCCUCCUCAUGGAAAGCAGCGGAAGCUCCCACCGGAUUCAUUCAGAGCACAGGUUUGGGCGACGUAUUGAAGUGAUCAACAUGACCUGCCUGAGGAUCUGGGAUCUGGAAACAGGGGACAAUGGGAUAUUCAUGGCACGGGUGAAGUUCCAUGGAGGAGGUGUGAAAGAUUACAGCUUCACCCUCACCGUCCAUGAGCCAGUCCCGACCCCAUGGGUGAACUGCAGCGUCACCUCCCGCUUCCCAGAGGGGUGCAACAUGACCCUGUACUGCGAGGGCACUGGGAGCGGGGAGUUCAAGAUCUCGUGGGCCAAAGGAGAGCCCCCCCAGGCCUUGGAAGAAGGGGGCUCUGACUGGUACCGGCUUUCUGGCAACGGCACAGCUCUUCAGCUGUCUUGGCAUUUCGGUUCCUCCCUCUUGCCCAUCACCUGCCUGGUCAGCAGUGCUGCAGAGGAGAGGGCCUCGCUGGGGGUGGCCUCCUGCUGCCACAGUCCAGAGGCAAAGGAAACAAGACCCCCACUCUGGCCUUGGUAUUUGCUCGCCAUCAUGGUCACGACGGCUGUCCUUUUGGGGUCACUGUGGAUCUGGACAGAAAGGAGGAGAAGGACCCCCCGCAGAGGCUGGAAAACUAGAUACAUCUGCUACAAAUGCAAGCAGGAGAGAUUAAAUGAGCUGGAAAGCUUCAUGGUGUUGAAAAGGUUGUGGCCCCAGGUAAAGAGAAAGGCCUUUCUUUCUGCUCCCGAGGGAGGCCCAAUACAGUAAGCCCUCUUGCACUCUGCAGGCCCACCCAAGACCGAGCAGCCUUGCAAGACCACAUAUGCUGAGCUGAGAUCAAAAGCCAG